GUCUUAAGUGCAGAUUAGUCAUAGGAUCGUUAGAGAUGAGAGGGAGAGCGUUAGAGAGAGAGAGAGCACCGGAGAGGGUGACUGACAACAGAGAACGAGGAAGGAGGAUAGCACAGCGAUGUGAGGGAAUUCAGCUAGAGAGCAGGAACUGUCCGACGGAACAUUAUGGGGGAUUUGAGAAGAGGAUAUACAACCAAGCAAUACCUUUCUUUUUCACAAAUUUCCCCGAAGACUGGUCCUUUGAAGAGAUGUGGGGAACUUUCAACAGACUGGGAGAGGGAAGGGUAAUAGAAAUUGAUUGUCCGAAAAAGAGAGAUCGCUUGGGAAGGAGAUUUGGUUUUGUUAGAUUCCUGGAGGUCAGAGAUGACAGAGAGCUGGAAAGAAAGCUAAACCAAGUUCAUAUUGGGGGCUUUAAACUUCAAGCCAACAAACCCAGGUUCAAGAAGACAGGGAAUGAAGGUCAACAACAAAUGAACAGGGGAAACAGGAUGAAUGGGACAGCUAAAGGGGUGGCUACAUCAAAGGCAGAAACCCACCCGAAACUAUCUUAUGCCGAGGUAGUAAAAGGAAGAAUGGCAGAAAAACAGGGUCGGGGACAAGAAACGAAGCAAUAUCAUGGUACAAGUAACAGAGAGCAAUCCAACAAUGCCAGGACGAGUGAACAAAGAAAAUGGAGAUGGAAGCCAAAACAGCAACACCAAGAAUGGUCAGGAAUGGAGUUUAAUGUCAGUCAGAAUGAGUAUGAAUGGUUGCAAAAUUGCUAUGUAGGAAUAGCUCACUCGGUCACAAUGAUACCAACUCUGCAAGAAAAAUUCUUUAUGGAGGGAAUCUUCUUCUGCAAAAUCAGAGCAAUGGGAGGCAGAUUAGUCUUGAUGGAAGGACAUGAGAUAGAAGAUUUGAAAGAGCUGGUAGAAAAUUACAAAGAGUGGCUAGGACAGUGGUUUGAGGAAAUCAAACCAUGGACCCCGACGAUGGUGGCUACAGAAAGGUUUGCAUGGAUUAGGUGUUUGGGUCUACCUUUACAUGCAUGGAAACCGGAAUAUUUCCAAUCUUUUGGAAAUCUUUGGGGUACAUUCAUCUCUGUGGAUGAUAGCACUAGCCAGAAAAAACGCCUUGAUGUUGCUAGAUUCCUCAUUGCAACUCCUAUGAUGGAAUCCAUCUCAAAGCACCUAACCAUAAAGAUUAAUGGGGUGGUGUACAAAAUCAAAUUCUCAGAGGAGGAGGCAAGCAAUAGUCUGUAUAUAAUGAACACAGACUUUAAAAUAAAAGGUGAAUACAAAAGUGAAGAAGAAUGGCCAACAGAAGAUUCGGAGAGUGAAGCAGGCCAUGGUUCUCAACAUUUUGACUCAGAUCAUACCAGGGGCGAGGAAGAAGACGAUGACAUGGCAACCGAAUUGCGGGUGCCGGAGACAGACGUGGAAGAGGGUGGGAGAGCUUCGGAAGCAGCGAACCAUUUACCAGAUGACACAUCAGCCGCGGAGUGGGUGAAAGGAAUGGUCAGACUGUUUGAAAGGCCAAAGGAGAGGGCAAUGGGCAGGAAAGAAGGUUCAACGGGAAAGCAUUUAAUGCUUGAUGGGCUCGAGGGGGAUGUGAGAGGGAUGGGAACAGAUUCGAAAGCCAACAAAGAAAAGGAAGGUAACAGCGGGACUUUCAAAUUGGGAGCAACGGUCGAGGUUUCAGGGGAAAAUAACAUAGAGUGCAGCACAAAAAGCAGCACGAUGGAGCAGAUGGGAGUACCAAAUGGGCCGGUUGGGCCAACAAAGGAAAAAACAUCAGAGCAAGGGAUGAAUGGGCUACAGAAGAAUGGGCCAACUCAUGAUGUAUCAAACCCAUUAACAUUGGGUAAGCUCAACAAAAAGAAGACUACCAAGCCAAGUCUCGUGAGGAGUGAAGAAGUAAACAGCUUCUGGAAAGACCUUGACAGCAAUUCAGAGGGGUGUAACUCAGAGGGGAUGCCGAAUUGGACAAGAAAAGGAGAGGGAAAGAAGAAACCAGGACAGAAAAGAAGAGUAAAGACUUGUAGAUCUGUGUAUAUACAAUCAGGCGGACUCAGAGGCACUCGGCUGCAGAAAAAAAAGAAAGGGAAAAGGCUGGUGACGGAAAAAAUGGAGCAGGAGGUGGCCUUCGAAGCAAACUCAGCAGAUCUGAUAGCAGACGACUCAAUAGACGACAGCAAUAUCCAGAAUUGCAACAAGAGCAUUGAGUUGAAGAAUAGCAGUAGAGGCACAGAAGCUAUAUGGAGACGCAUCAAGGAAUUGGGAGUAUCGACAGAAGGGAAUGAGAUACCGGUGGUGCGAAAGCUAGAAGAAAUGGAGCAGAGGGACAGAGCAAGAAGAAAGAAGGACACGAGGCCUAGGAGGGGUGGGGAAGAAGAGGGAGGUUCGGGAAUUGGUGAUGAGGCACAAAGUGACGGCUUUCUGGGGAUUCAUGGAUUAUGGGGACCUGAUGCUCACCCGUGCAUGUUGUGUAAUAUAUACUCUCCGUGUGAUCUGGAGAAAAAGAAAAUUUUGUGGGAAUCACUUCAACAGAUAAUAAAGAACAACAGGGGAUGUUGGUGCAUAGGGGGGGAUUUUAAUGCCAUUAGAUGUCCACAAGAAAGGAAGGGAGGAAGGAGUGCAAGGAGAGAAAUAAUGGGUUUUGAAGAAUUUAUUUCGAAUAGUGGCUUGAUGGAUUUACCUCUGCUGGGAAGGAAGUAUACGUGGUAUCAACCGAAUGGUCAAUGUAUGAGUCGCUUGGACAGGUUCUUGUUUAAUGAUGAAUGGUUAACGAAAUGGCCAGAUUUGAAGCAAUGGGGUCUCCACAGAUCUCUGUCAGAUCACAGCCCAAUUCUGAUAAAGAAUGAAGCACAUAAUUGGGGACCAAAGCCAUUCAAAUUCUUUAAUGCUUGGCUACAUAACCCUGGAUUUACAGAGAUGGUUGCAGCAAAAUGGAGAGAGACUUCAGUCCAAGGACGGGGUGGAUUCAUCUUGAAGGAAAAAUUGAAAAUGACUAAAGAGUUCCUUCGGGUUUGGUCAAAAUCUUCAUUACAAGAAGUGGAUAGAAAGAUUGAGGAAUCCAGGGAGGAGAUGAACAGAAUUGAUGAAAAAGCAAAAAAUUGUAGCCUAACAAAAGAAGAUCUAUUCCUUAGAAGCUCACACUACACUGAGCUAUUAAAGAAUAUGCAACUGAAAGAAGAGAUGGCCCAACAAAAAGCAAGGAAAAACUGGCUGAAAACAGGAGAUGCUAAUACCAGUUUCUUCCACAAAUGCAUCAAAGGGAGAUGGCGAAGAAAUGAAAUAAAUGUAAUCUCCAUAGGGGGCAAAGAGCUGAGGCAAGUUGAAGAUAUAAAACAGGGUGUAAUGAAGUAUUUCCAGAACUUAUUUGCUGAUGAGGGAUGGACAAGGCCGAAGUUAGAGGGGCUCAAAUUCAGAACCAUUUCAGAGGCAGAUAGAUGCAUGCUCACUGAACCUUUUACAGAGGAGGAAGUCAAAACAGCGGUAUGGAAUUGUGACAGCACCAAAGCACCAGGGCCAGACGGAUUCACUUUCGGUUUUAUAAAGAACGAAUGGGAGGUGAUCAAAGCAGAUAUCAUGGAAUUCCUCAAGGAUUUUCACAGCAAUGGAAAACUGGUAAGGGGAUCUAAUGCUUCUUUUCUCAUCUUGAUUCCGAAGACUGAGAAUCCCCAAGGAGUAGAGGAGUAUCGACCCAUCUCUUUAAUUGGAUGCACUUACAAAAUUCUUGCCAAACUGCUAGCAAAUAGGCUCAGCAAAGCAUUGAACUCAAUUAUAGGAGAAAAUCAAUCUGCUUUUAUUGAGGGAAGGCAACUUGUAGAUGGAGUGGUUGUUGCAAAUGAGGCGAUUGACGGGGCACGAAAAAGAAAAUCCCGAUGCUUUAUUUUCAAAAUCGACUUUGAAAAAGCCUAUGAUAAGGUGUGCUGGUCCUUCCUUGAUUACAUGAUGGAGAGAAUGGGUUUUGAUAUAGUAUGGAGGGGAUGGAUUGCGGAAUGCUUAAAAUCAAACACGGUGUUUGUCUUAGUCAACGGAAGUGCUACCAAAGAGUUCUUGAUGACAAGAGGGCUUCGACAAGGCGACCCAUUAUCCCCAUUCCUAUUCCUAAUGGUGGCAGAAGCUUUAAAUGGACUAACUUCCGCAGCUGUUGCAAAGGGACACUUCCGGGGAGUCAGAAUAGGAGAUGGAGAGUUAGAAGUUAGCCAUCUUCAGUUCGCGGAUGACACACUUUUCAUGGGAGAGGCGACUGAAGACAACAUUUGGACAGCAAAAUGCAUAAUGAGGGCAUUUGAAUUGGUGUCAGGGUUGAAGAUAAACUACAGAAAAAGCUCUUUAAUUGGAGUGAACACAGAUGAAGACUGGAUCAGAAACAUGGCAUGGAUGUUGAAUUGUAAAACCGAAUCCCUCCCUUGCAAGUACCUUGGCAUGCCAUUGGGGGCAAACCCAAAGAGAAUAUCCACCUGGAAACCUCUAUUAGACACAUUAAGAAGAAAACUCUCAGCUUGGAAAGGCAGAUUUUUAUCUCUCGGUGGACGAAUUACCCUCAUAAACUCUGUGCUAUCCAGCCUACCAGUGUUCCUGAUGUCGGUAUAUCUGCUCCCAAAACAGGUAAUCCAUGAACUUGAUAAAAUUAGGAGGAAUUUUUUGUGGGGAGGGGUUGAGGGAGGCAGAAAGAUUGCUUGGGUAUCCUGGGACAGGAAAAGAAUUGCAGUAUCCAUCAAAUGGGACAGUGGAACGAAGGAUGCUGGGAUUGGAAAUUCCAGUGGAGAAGACCACUUAGAGCUUGGAAGAGGAAAAUCUGCAACAAUUGCUGGAGACAAUAAAACACAAAAAACUAGUGCAAGGCGCAAUGGACACUUGGUGCUGGAGUCUAGAGACCGGGGGAAGAUAUACCACAAGGACAGCCUAUGAGCAGCUAGCAAAGAAAGAAGAAAACAGGCUGCUGGAGUACACAAAAAUAUGGGAGACACAAGUACCACCAAAAGUGAGUGCUUUCUCAUGGCAACUACUCUUAGAUAGAAUUCCUACAAAGGUUAAUUUAGCAAAGCGUGGAAUUUUGGAUGCUAAUCAAAAUAUAAAAUGCUU